GCUGGUCCUCCUGAGCCCAAGCCCCGCCCUCCGCAGCGCCUUCCUUGCUCAAGUGGAAGGGAUCUGCCCGCUCUCUUCUGGGAUCUGAGUUCACUGUCCUUUGAAGACGUUGCUGUUCCUUUCCUGGGUGAAGAGUGGGUGUUGCUGGAUCCUGACCAGAGAGCUCUGCAUACGGAAGUCAUAAAGGAGAAUUGUGGGAUCAUGGCCGCUCUUGGUGGUGAUGAACUGGAAAUGAAGAAUAAGGGAGACCAUGAUGAAAUUCACACAGGAGAGAAACCAUAUAAAAAUUUGGAGUGUGCAAAGAGCUUCAGUCAAAGCUCCCAUUCAACUUCCCAUCAGAAGAAUCCCAUUGGGAAGAAACCCUACCAGUGCUUGGAAUGUGGAAAGAGCUUUGGUUGGAGGGCUCACCUCACUGUCCAUGAAAGAAUCCAUACAGGGGAGAAACCUUAUCAGUGCUUGGAAUGUGGAAAGAGCUUCAAUCAGCAGGCCAAUCUCACUACCCAUCAGAGAAUUCAUACAGGGGAGAAACCCUAUCAGUGCUUGGAAUGUGGAAAGAGAUUCAAGGAAAGGGCCAAGCUCACGUCCCACCAAAUAAUUCAUACAGGAGACAAUCCUUAUCAUUGCUUGGAAUGUGGAAAGAGCUUCUCUCGGAGUGACUCUUUCACUUUCCAUCAAAGAAUUCAUACAGGGGAGAAACCCUAUCAGUGCUUGGAGUGUGGAAGGAGAUUCAGUCAGAAGGGAAGUCUCAAUUCCCAUGAAAGAACUCAUAGCUGGGAGAGUCCACAUAAAUGCUUGGAAUGUGGAAGGAGUUUUAGUCAGGAUUCCCAUCUCAUAUCCCAUCAAAUAAUUCAUACAAUGGAGAGACCGUAUAAAUGCUUGGAAUGUGGGGAGAGUUUUAGUCAGGAGUCCUUUCUCACUUCCCAUCAAAGAACUCACAGCAGGGAGAAUCAGAUUCCCCAAGAAUCAUUGGAUUGUUGUAUUGGAUUGGAUGGUGAGAGUCAUCUUCUCCAACCCCCUGCAAUGAAGGAUAUUCAACAAAAGAGUUCAUGACAGAUGGCCACCCAACCUUUGCUUAAAAUCCUUCCAGUUCAGGAGUGUCCCACACCACCUGAACUACUUUCUUUCAGUCGAACAGUUCCUGCUGCUAGAAAGUUCCUCCUGAUGUUUAGUCAGAAUCUCCUUCCUUCUACCUUAAAUCCAUUGGUUUGGGUACUCCUUCACCAGAGUAGGAGAAACCAAGUUUGCUCCAUCUUCCAUGGCACAGCCCUUCGCAUAUUGAAAGAUGUGAAGGAGUGCCUGGUCCCCCGGUGAGCAUCAUGGCUAUGUAGGGACUUGAACCCAGGUCUGCCAAGUCGUAUUCUGACCCUCUAACCACUAUACCACACUAGCUCUGUCAUGAGUCUCUUGGAAAGUGUGCAAGCAUGUGCGUCUCUUUAAGUUUAGGCACAGUGUUCUGGUGCUUGUAUUUAAAGUUGUGUACACAUGGGAUCAAAAUAAUAAGAGUGCAUUUAAAUUACUGUUAGCUAAGGAGGCAGAAAGGGUGAGUUUGGGGUGUUGCAGCUGAGAAUUGGGAAUCAUGCUUGUGUAACAACAGCAUAAAAACCAGAGCUUUGCUUAAUUAAAUCUAUGUCCUUUCAAAU